AUGUCUCUUGCUAAUGAAAAUUCAAUACAAUGUGAGGAUGAUGAUGAUUUUUUCACCUGUCGGGUUAUUCAUGAAGAACGGUUAAAUGAUUUUUUAGUAGAACCUGAUUUUUUUUUGGAUGAUUUAGAACCA